AUGGGGGCUAGUGCAUCCACUAUGUCACUCAGCUCUACCCUCCACCAGUGUUCAAACAUUACAAUUCAGCAUCUAAGACCAAGUACUGCUCAAUGCAACAGUGCAAUGUGUCUUGUCAAUAAUCCUAACUGGACCUGGAAAAACAACCUUGACACCAGCAAGGCUUCUGGUGGCAAGGCCUCUGAUAUCUGUUGGCCCAACAGGACCUGCAGGCCUCGUGGGAAUAACUGCCACCAGAGUGCAAAUCCUAUUAACAUGACUUCCUGCUAUCACACUGGAGGGAGAUAUCCUGACUGCAGCUACAGUACCACUCCCCAGAACAGGUUCUACAUUGUUGCCUGGGACCCUCGUCAGCCAGGCUACCCUCCCAGUUGUCUGACUCCUGUAGGGUUAGACUAA